GCAUCGUGCGUGAUUGUGUUGCAUCACCGAGAGAGGAGGAGGGCAGGAGCGGGAGAUCAUCGACUUGCAUCUGUCGAUCAGCAUUGUUCUCGCUGCUGUAGUCGGGAAUCAAUUCGCUGCUGCUUUUCGUGUGACAUGUUUUAGAACCCCCCCCCCCCUUUUUUUUGGGUACGUGGCUGGACGAAGGAGCGGCGUUGCGUUGUCUGUUUUCCCCCCCGCUCCCCCUCCCCCUCCCUUCAUUGACGUGUUGGCACUGCCGUCGGCGUGUUUGGGUAGUUUUUGUUUCGUUUUUUUCGUUUUCUUUUUUUCGUUUUUUGUUGGGUUUGGUUUGUGAGCAGCGGGAUUCAUUGAGUGGCUGAGGAUGACAUCUAUAGCUACGUACACUCGGAAGCGGAAGAAAGGGACGGGGUUUAUCGGUGUUGGAGCUGUCGAUUCGAAGCCUGAUUUUACUGAGUUGGAGUUUAGUCAUGUGGGUUUGGGGGGAGGGGUGAAGAAGUUGGAAGGGUAUUCGAGGAGGGGGAAGAAGUCGAAGAAGGGGAAGAAGGAGGAGGGUGGUGAGGAGGGAGGAGAAGGAGGAGAAGAAGGAGGAGGAGAAGCUGUUGUGGACAAAGGCGUUGAGAAGGUUACGAGGACUUACCGGCGUAAAGAUGCCGUUGGAAGAAAGCCAGUUGCACGCAGGGCUUUUGCCGCAGCAGUGAAGGGAGGGUGUGAAGCUCUGCUUAAGGUUGUGGAUGAUACGGUAGCGGGUCUUGCUCCUCUGAAGUUUGAGCCGCCAGUCGCAUUUGUAUAUAAUCCGCUUGAGUAUGCAAGGAAACCUUACGAAGAGUAUGUGCGAAAAUAUGGGGGUAAGAAAGUAGAGGUUUUGAUUGUGAGCACGAGCCCGGGACCCUUUGGGAUGACUCAGACAGGGGUGCCGUUUGGGGAUAGCGUGUUUGUUCGCGAAUUUCUUCAUAUAACAAGCGAGAUUAAGAUUCCAGGAAAAACGCAUCCUAAGAGGCCCAUUAUUGGGUUGAACUGUCCUCGUCGUGAGGUGAGCGGACAAAGGUUAUGGGGCUGGGCAAAGGCUCGCUUUGGCACAGCUAGUGCAUUUUUCGAACGGUUUUGGGUCUACAGUUAUUGUCCCCUUUUGUUUGUGGAGAGUUCCGGCAAAAGUCGCACCCCAGACAAGUUGACUCCUACUGAAGGUGUUUCAAUUACAAAUGUUUGUAAUGAAGCUCUUCGGGCUGUUAUUGGUGUGACAAAACCCCGUGUAAUUUUGGGCAUAGGUGAAUAUGCGGGUGACAGAAUAAAAGAAUGUGCUCCUUCUGAAGUUAGAGUGGGGCAUAUUAUACAGCCAAGUCCUUCCAAUCUCAAAGCGACCAAAAACUGGGACAAGCUUAUUGAAGGCCAACUGCGAGCUUUAGGCGUUAAUGUAUAGUCUUCCGUGGUCAUUUUAGUGGGCAUGUGUUUAUUAGGGACAUGGAAGUGUUGUGGAGCUGUGCAGAGGUUAAGAGAUGCUGAAAAGGCAUUGACUCAGGUUGAGUAGCAAUCCCUCUUGUCAGUACUCAUUGACUGUCUACAGUGCCUGCAGCUCCCAAACAUGUCCUUUGUGGGUAUGUGUCAAGUAGUCGCACUCUUGUUUGCUAUGUCUGCCACCUUUAGGCAUCUUUGACCCUAGACUAAGUUAUUUCGUGUCCAGUGUGAGCAUGGAAGAAGAGUGGUAGCUCGAGUCACGGGUUGUGAAUGACUGCAUGUCAUGUACCUAUCUGUAAGGGCUUGCAUGUACUGCACUCCCUACUCACGGAAUAUACAAGCUGACUUGGUCCUACCACGGAUAGAGUUUCCUAUGUCGUGCUUAUUUAGAAUUGCAAGCCAGAUGCAUAGUGAUUUAUUCAUGCAUUCAUUUGAUAGCUGCUCAGGGCAGUAGAUGUGCAGUCGGACUCAAAGUUGUAACAUUGUACCGGAAUGACUCAAAUCUGAUAAUCCCCAACCCUCUCAACAGUUCAGGGUUGUACAGUAUGUGUGUCGAUAACCAUCUCAGGGUUGUCCGUGUGAUACCCAUGAGUUCUAACGUCGUCAGUGAGCCACUUCUUGGUGUGUGCUGCAUGUUCAUCCUCGAGGUUUCAAAGAGUUUGUAGAUAGAUUAGAUAGAUAUAUGUAUUUACUCUGGAACAUCUUUCUUUUUAUAAAUUCUAGAACUGUUUGAUAUGGCUCA